AUGGCGGAUCCUCUGCUGACGUCGCUGUGCUCCAUCUGCCACGUCUCUACCCCCAAGUACAAAUGCCCGCGAUGCAGGAUCCAGACGUGCUCGCUCCCCUGCAUCAAGAAGCACAAGGCGUGGUCUGAAUGCAGCGGCCAGCGCGAUCCGACAAGCUACGUCCCGCGCUCCAAGCUCCGCACCGCGGCCGGCAUCGACCACGACUACAACUUCCUCCGCGGCAUCGAGGUGUCGCUGGAGCGGUCCGAGAAGCUGCUCGUCCAGGACAAGGGGCUGGUGCAGCAGGAGGAGCUGCGGCCGCUGACGAUGCAGCAGGUGCGGUGGAAGACGGGCCGGGACGGCAGGAAGAGGAGGGUGCUGGUGACGCAGGUCCUGCGCGAGCCCAGGGGCCGGGCGGCCGACAAGGGCCUGGCGCAGAAGCUGCGGAGGCUGAACGUGCAGGUGGUGCGCGCGCCGCUGGGCAUGUCGAGGCAGCGCGAGAACCGGACGACCUUGAACAAGCGCACGGGCAGGGUCAACUGGGCGGUCGAGUGGCGGCCGGCCCUCGGGGGGCGCGAGGUGACGCGGUCCUUGUCCAAGGUCAUGGACGACGUGCCCCUGUGCGAGGCGUACGCGGCGGCGGCGGCGGCGGCGGGGGACGCGGCCGGCAAGCAGACGGGCCAGCCGAGGAGGCAGGCGAGGAGCGCGGCGCGAGCGGGCGAGGCGCAGCACCCGGCGGGCUCGAGGUGGCACUUCGGGGUGGACUGCCUGCAGGAUCCCGGGGACGGCAGAUGGGCGCCCUGCGCGGCGGCGGCGAGCCUGGACGAGUGGCCGGCGCAGAGGGAGAGGCGGCAGCGCGAGCGGUUCCGGUUCUUCCUGGCGGGCGCGCAGACGAGGCCGGACGGGCGGGCGCAGGUUACGGCCCUCGAGCCGGACCAGUGCCUCCGCGACGUGCUGGCCGACACGCGCGUCCUGGAGUUUCCCACCAUCUACGUGCUCGGCGCGGGGGACGUCCUCCCGGCGGGGGUGGUUCUCGGGCCCAAGGACGCGGCGGCGUCGGCACGGGGGACCAAGCGCCCGCCGCAUCACGCCGACGCCCAGGGGAUCCGGAGCAAGCGCAGACGGCAGCACGGAGGGGGCCACGACAGCGGGCACGAGGACGGCGCGGACGAAGAGGGGGGGUUGGAAGCGGGGGAGAUUCUCGCCGAGCAGAGCCUGGGGGAAGACGACGAUGAGGGUGAUGAGGAUGAUGGGGAUGAUGAUGAUGAUGAUGAUGAUGAUGAUGAUGAUGGGGAGGAGGACGACGGCACGAGCAGUUCUGGGUCGGAUAGCGAGUGA